AUGUCACCUCUCGUUGCGCCUAUUCUAGGAAAUGAUUUUCUCGGUGCAGUCAGAGAGCAACUAUCCACGUUCGCAAUGACACUGAGUGCCGACUUCCAGUCGCCGUUUCCACCCAACAAGAUUGCCGGGGCCCAACACCUUCCACCAGCCACCUAUCUACCCCCUCUGACUUUCUACUAUUCUGCUACACCAGUCGGAGAAUCGAGGAUUCUCCCCCUCUCUCGAUCCUCAUUCUCCGGCUGGUCACGAGUCUAUGUCUCGCUUACGAACCUUCAUCGGCAUUCCCAGUCCUACUUGGCCUUCGAGAAACGGUCGACUGGUCAGGGAGCCGUCCUUCCCAUCCCUCAUGCUCCAUCAGUCUUAUCCGUGCCUCUCCUACCACCUCGACGCCACAAUCGCGUCUUCUGCGCUCAUCAACAGAAGGGACUCUUCAUCGUGAUCCUACCAAGAGGUCACCCCAUCGUUGCGCAACUCUCGUACACUGUUCGCGUCGCCGUCCAGCUCCCCUUCCAACGUUCCAGGGCCGUACGAGUAUCAAAAGCUUCAAGGAGGGUGAUGCGUCCAGCCCUCGAGCUCGCCGUUAUUCACCACCAACACCCAAGUGUUCGUCUUCUGACCUCUUUCGUCCGCCAAUACGACCAUCUUCAGCCGCUCAAUCGCCGACUCCAUACCUCACUGUCCAACGCUCUCUUGGGUCGAAUCGACGCCGAGGGCAAGGGCGGUAUUGCUUGA